AUGAACGCCCUUCCCCCAGCCCCGCUCCCUCUCGACAACAACCGCUUCGCCUACCACCCCCCGCACCGCAUUGACCAGCCGUUGGACACUGCCAUCGCCUCCGUAUGGCAUCUUCUCGACCAGGCACCCCCGCCCACUCUCCGUGAAAUUCUCGAAGCGUACAAAACAAAGGGCGACGGAGACCGCGACAUGCUCAUCGCCAUGCUUAAUGCCAAGAGCGCCGAGGAUCAGCGCCUCGCCUCCGUCGCCUCCCUCCACCGCACCAUGCUCGACAUGUACCAAGCUCCCAUGCGGCCCUCCCUCGCCCCCCUCCACAUCGCAGACUCUCACCCCGCCUACCCCUCCUCACACUAUUCCAACUCCCUCUACCACUCCCACGUACACGAAGCCUACGACCACCCCCGGCGCGCGGAGCCCAGCCACUCCCAGCCACCUCCCGCUGCCCACCAGUCCCGCAAGCGCCGCCGCGCCUCCCAGUCACCCCCGCCACAGCCCCGCGCGUACCGCCCGCGCGAGCGUCUCGAUCAACCCGCGCACGACCUCCCCUUCCCGCCGUCUCCGUUUUCCUCCGCGUCGACGCACAGCAACAGAAGCGGCAGCGGCUCACCGCGCUCGCGCGAGUCCAUCGCCAUCGGCGCGCUCCUCUCCAGCGGCUCGCCCGCGUCGUUGCGGGACCGCGCGGUGGACGCGGUCAGCGCAGAGCGCAGCACGUCCGGGCGCACCACCAGCCCGCGGGAUAGGCGCGACAAGCGCGACGGCCAUACAUGA